UGCUGUUUCAAUACAUCUAUUAUACUCUAUUCGUUAUCGUGUAACAUUUGUUGCUAACUUAUGCAUAACAAUAAAACUUCGUUCUUUAAGAGCAUUUACUAUUUUGAUCGAUCACUAUAUAAAGCAGUCUCAUCUUGGUACUGCUAGCAAAAUUCAGGGAAAUAAGAUGUGUGCUGCAUUUCAUUUCCUGCUGUUCAGCUGUGUUUUGGGUGUCCUGGUGUCAGAUGUCAUCUCUGCCGGAAUCCAAGAUGGCUACGUACUAAAUGACCAGGGUAAACCAGUAAAAAUAGCCUCAAAUUCACUCGAAAGUUUGAGUGGUGUAAGUGAAGCCGAACUACCAAAUCGUGUCUUCUUUUAUCUGUACACGAGAUCUACAUGGACUAAUGGUGAGAAAUUGAUUCUUGGCGAUGCAAACAGCGUGGGACGCAGCCAUUUUAGUGCAAGAAGACCGACUAGGUUUGUGAUCCAUGGAUGGCAAAAUUCUGGUCAAAGCAAAACUUGCACUUCAAUCCGCGAUGCAUUCCUGCAAAAUGGAGAUUAUAACGUUAUCGUAGUGGACUGGGGAAGCAUAACGAAAUUCGAAUACGUCUGGACGAGUAAUCAGGUUGUAAAAGUUGGCCAAUUUGUCGCUCGCAUGAUCGAUUUUCUUACUACACAAGGAUUGGAUGUAUCUAAAACGAUCGUGGUUGGCCACUCUCUUGGUGCUCAUGUUGCUGGACUUUCAUCUUACUAUGCACAUAAAAAAGUGGCCAGUGUUGUUGCUAUGGAUCCAGCUGGUCCCAACUUCCAUGGAACUGGACCAGGCCAGUCUCUUCAUAAAGGAGACGCAUCUUACGUUCAAGUAAUCCACACAAGCAAUAUGGUGGGUAUGGGUAGCUCGAUGGGUGAUGCUGACUUUUACCCGAACGGUGGCUCCGGACAAAGUGGCUGCGGAGCUGACUUAGGCGAAUCUUGUUCCCACUCACGCUCCCACGAAUUCUAUGCCGAAUCCAUAAAUAGCAAUCGUUUCGUGGGUCGCGCAUGCAACAGUUACGAUAAUUUCAAAAGUGGCAGAUGUAAUUCUAACGCAGCUGCUAUUAUGGGUGGUGCUACACCGAACUCCAGAAUCAGGGGUACAUACUACUUGAGUACUAACUCGAAAUCUCCGUACGCCAGAGGUUAAUUGAUUGAUCCUUGAACUUUAACUCAACAUGAGAAUUGUUUCAAAUUGAUAGAAGUUUUUGACUAGAUUUGGAAUUAAUAAUGUAAUCGGUAUAUAAUAAAAUAUUGAACAAAAUUUGAAUAAAUUUUUAACAUGUUAUUUUUUGAACAUUGGUCUCAUACAAUAAA